AUGGCAGGCGUGGAUCUACAAUCCCUGGGGAUCAAUUUCCCUCCAGGCUACUCCCUCCAAUCUGCAGCGUCUCGGCCAGACAUGUACGAGACCCUGUUUGAUCCCGAACAUCCAAUGAGCACUCUAUGGCCCCAAUUCAUCACAUCGACACCUGUUUCAGAAAAGUACUGGUCACAGUUGACAGACAUCCCGUUCUUUGCGUCUUACCAGCUCAUGGUUCUCCACAAAGAUGUGGAGAAUAAACACGAGUCGGUGGUUGCCUGUGGGAAUUCAAUUCCGGUAUACUGUCCACUCAACGAUUUGCCCGAUGGUGGCUGGGAAGCCAUUCUGCAGGCUGGAAUUGAGGCCUAUCAUACCGGUCACAAAGAGGCUCCCAAUUUGCUUUCGGCACUUGGUAUUACCGUGGCACCCUCCCACCGCCAGCAGAGGCUGGCUGAUAGUCUCAUCCAUGUUUUGAGAGCGCUCGCCAGCCAGGCCCACUUUGAAGCCUUGGUUGUCCCAUUGCGGCCCACCAGGAAGAGCGAACACCCACUGGUGCCUAUGGAGGAGUACGUUCAUUGGAAUCUUGAAGAUCGCGCACGUCCCGAUGAUCAUAUCCCGUAUGAUCCAUGGCUGAGGAAACACCUCACCUAUGGCGGCCGAAUUGUUCGGAUUGCUCCCCGCAGUAUGACGAUUGCCGCGCACGCCGAUCAAUGGAAGACCUGGACUGGAUGUGAUUUGGCUGCCUUAGCCGAGUCGAGGACGGCGACCUUCACAGAGGGGCAUGUCGAGGUUCCUGUUCCCCGUGCCCUAGUUCCUGUCCGAUAUGACCCCGUCUCCAAGAUUGGUUCGUAUGUGGAGCCCAAUGUUUGGGUAAUUCAUCCAAUGCAAUAG